CUCAUUGGCCUUUUCCCAACUUAUCCCAACCUAUCCCACUCAAUCGCAAGUUGCUCAGUCCGUAGCCGUUGUUACCACAAAAUCACAGUAUCUGUUCAUUUUCGUAAACCCACGCGCAAUUUAAUCUGCUGGUGGAUUAUUCUCGCAGUAUGGUUGCGCUUGUGCAGCAGCCUCCUUGGCGGCUAUCUGUGUAUGCAGCAAGAAGAGACCAUGUCCAGCAAAACCAACAAACUCGAUUUCCGCGUGCUACAAGACCAAUGCCAAUGAAGUUGGUGACAGUGGGCAAAGACAGGGGUGCCGCGUUGGAGAAUGUUGCUCUAGAGUACAUCAAAAAAAUUCAGCGUUAUUGUCCUUUUGAGGAAGUUCAGCUGCGCCCAAACCCUAAAAACUCCAGCGAUGUCCCUACACAGGUUUCGAGCGAGGGGGAACGUGUGAUGCGAUCCAUCUCGACCAAGGACUGGGUAAUAAUUUUGGACGAACGCGGCAAAGAACUGACCUCUGAGAAGUUCGCCGACCUGGUUGCCGAUGCGGGGGAAACUGGAGCCAGCGCGAUUGUGUUCUGCAUCGGAGGACCAUUUGGGCACGGGCCCCAAGUUCGUGAGCGUGCGAACGUGAGCGUGAAGCUGUCGACAAUGGUGCUCAACCAUCAGAUUGCCUUCCUGGUGCUUCUCGAACAGAUUUACAGGGCAUGGACAAUUCUUCGCGGGGAGAAAUACCACCACUAGUCACGAGAGACGGAUGUAUCAAUUUAGGGUUUGGCGUCAGGAGCUCGAAACUUACCUGUUAUCACCGGUCGUAUGCUGCUGAGAGAAACCGGCAUCUGUGAACUCCUCCGUGUACCAAUUAAUUUUGAUCUGCCUAUUCUUAUUUGACUUCUUUUUGAGUGGAGGGUCUCAAUAAUUGAUAUAUAAAAUUAGGAUGUUUGCUGAAAAUUUGCUCUGUUGUGGUCGCUGAUUUUUAUGAGUGGUAGAAAUCAAAAUUGGAAGGCAUUGCUUGGAACAUUUUGAUGUAGGGUUAUUAAUUGUAUUACAAGCAUUCUCAUUUACAAAUGAAUAACAAUGAUAUGAUGAGUAUGAGGAUA